AUGGCAACGGGGGAUCCGGCAGCGACGGAAUUACGCAAAUUGGCGCAAACCUGCGACUUCGAAGCCGCACUUGACCAGUCCUUGAGGGACCGUUUCGUCUGCGGUUUACGCAGAGAGGACAUUCAACGUGUGUUGUUCACAGAGGACAACAAGCUAACUUUCCAGAGAGCCGUCGAAAAAGCGCUAGCCAUGGAAGCAGCAAAAAAGAACGUCGCUGAAACACAUGCGUCAGAACCUAGAGUUUCAGACGUACACAAGGUGAAGGCCGUCGCGGAGGCGAACGUGACGCAGCGAGAAUGCUAUCGCUGCGGCUCAGCGAAACAUGGAAGCCGGGUAUGCCCGCACAUUGCGGAUAUCUGUUUCAAGUGUAACAAGAAGGGGCAUGUCCAAAGAGUGUGUCAUGCGGACAAAGAAAAGAAAUCGAAGUGGACGCCACGUAAGGCGAUGAAGAAACUGGUUCCUGUUCAAGACCCAGUUGGCAUGAAGGAAAUGACCACGUCUGGCAUGGAACCAAUAAAACUCACAAUAAACGUGCAGGAAGUUGCCUUGGAAAUGGAACUGGACACAGGAGCAACUGUUUCUGUCAUGUCACUGCAACAGUUUCGUCAGAUAUCUCCUUCAACAAAGAUCAUGCCGACGACGCUCAAGCUGCGCACGUUCAAGGGAGACAUCGUUCAGCCCGUCGGGGUUGCUCACGUCGACGUGCAGUACGGACAGCAGAGGACCGAGCUUCCCCUCUACAUCACAAGAGAAAAGGGACCACCUCUGCUCGGCCGGCAGUGGCUGCAAGCGAUCCGAUUGGAUUGGAACCGGAUUUUCGGGAUCAACAGCAUUGCCAGGUUCCCUCUCGAAAGUGGGAAAGACGAUAGUUGCGAGGGCGAAGAGUCCUUCUAUGCACUACGGCUAGAGUCAAUGCCGGUGUCCUCUGAGGAGAUUGCACGCGCUACGUCGCGCGACCCGUUACUUUGUCAAGUACUUGAAUACACAAGCAUGGGUUGGCCGACGCACGUGCAAGAACAACAACUCAGACCGUUCUUUGACAGACGCUUGCAGAUGAGUGUUCAUCAAGGGUGCCUAAUGUACGGCAUGAGGGUUGUUGUUCCGUCCCAGCUGCAGGAGCCCGUGCUCGAGGAACUGCAUCAAGGCCAUCCCGGCAUCGUGCGAAGUAAGGAGCUGGCUCGCAGCUAUGUUUGGUGGCCAUCAAUUGACUCAGACCUUGAAAGAAAGGUACGAAGCUGCCAAGCAUGCCAGGAACAGCGUAAUGAUCCAUGCAAAGCGCCUCUUCACCCCUGGGCAUGGCCGACAGCACCGUGGAGACGACUACACCUGGACUUUGCAGGCCCGUUCCGCGGAACCAUGUUCCUAGUCGUGGUGGACGCGCACUCAAAGUGGCCAGAGGUGUUCACCAUGCAGAGCACUACGACCGAGCGCACUGUGAGGUGCCUACGUGAACUUUUCUGCAGGUUCGGAAUUCCGGAAACAAUCGUUUCAGACAACGGGCCGCAGCUGGUGUCCGAGGAAUUCAAGGUGUUCAUGAGGAACAACGGGGUCAGACACGUCGUGAGCGCCCCAUACCACCCGAGCACAAACGGCCUGGCAGAACGGUUUGUGCAGACACUGAAGUCUGCACUACGCAAGUCAUCUGCUGGUGAGUCUCUGGAAGAAGCAUUGCAACACUUUUUGCUGACGUACCGGAAUACUCCACAUUCAACAACAGGAGAGACGCCAGCAAACUUGUUGAUGGGCAGAAGAUUGCGUUCCAGGUUGGAUGUAAUCAAGCCUACGGUAGAGGGGAAAGUGAUCCACAAGCAAUUUAUACAAAGUAAGCAACGGAGGACAAGCAGAGAAGAAAUCUGCCCUGGUGACAAUGUCCUAGUGCGAAAUUACAGGAGUUCGCCGAGGUGGUUACGUGGUACCGUCCUCAAGAAGACUGGUCCAGUAUCUUACCAAGUCCAGGUUACCACGCCUCGAGGCAAGUUCAUCUGGCGUCGGCACCUCGAUCAACUUUUGAGCCAAACACGGCCAACGGCAACGCCGGUACCUUCGGACACCGACGACGCUGAGGGGUUCCUGGUCUUUUCACAAGGCGAGCCAAGUGUCCCGGCCACGGUACAAGAGCAUGGGCCACAGCAGCCUCACACCAUCCCGCAACGGGAUCCUGUACCUCCUACAGGCCGAUCUACUUCUAAAGGACGCUACCCAUCGAGAGAACGGCGUCCACCUGACAGAUACCAAGCUCACUCCUAA